AUGGCUUCCCUUCCUGCAAAAAAUGAGGAGUACCGGUCGAAAGAGUAUUGGGAUCAGAGAUAUAGCCAGGAAGACGAAGAUUCAUCUUUUGAUUGGUUCAAAUCCUACGGCGAAAUUUCCUCAACCAUCCACGACAUAAUUCCCGACAGAGCUGCCCGGAUACUCAUGCUUGGAUGUGGAAACUCUAAACUUACUGAACAAAUGUACGACGAUGGGUACAAGAAUAUUGUCAACAUCGAUUAUUCGCAGGUCGUCAUCGACAAGAUGCAGCGACGGCACGCAGAACGGCGCCCCGAGCUCACAUGGCUUGAAAUGGAUAUCAGAGAUCUGAAAUUUGCGGACGAUGCCUUUGACGUUGCCAUUGAUAAAGGGACCAUGGACGCUAUGAUGACAUCCAAGGGAGACGUAUGGGAUCCACCUGCCCAGGUGAUAGAAGACUGCGAGCGCGAAGUAAUGGAGGUUGUCAGGGUAUUGAAGAAGGGCACAGGGAGAUUUGUAUAUCUAACCUUCGGACAGCCUCACUUUCGCAAACGCUACUUGACAAAACCGCAGACUACGCUAGAAGUGAAGGAAUUAGGCGACUUCUUCCAUUAUUAUUUAUACAUUCUACGUACAUAG